GUCCAACUGUCGAUACGUCAACCAGCCACACAGGCACGAAAUGAAAAAGUCGCCUCUUAAAACACCAUCACUUUACGCAACUGCAUGCAAUCGGCGACCACGAUUAACUAACGAUGUAAAACAGACCUACCGUGCAUAUUGCACAGCAGCAAUAACCAUGACAAUAUCACUCCACCUCCAACGGCUUACCAACCAAUGAGCACCUUAAAAGAGCGAGGAUUUGUUUUGAUUGACAAGACGUACUACGGCCGCUUUGUGAAACUUUCGAUGGGGAUAGAAGUAUAGUUAUACGAAUUUGAUUCGUUGUAAGCCGGUAAAUGGAAACGAAAACGAGUUGCUAUUCGCUCGCAUUAUUCCCUUUAAAACUUGUGUAUUGCGUUGUAACCACUGCCAGGUAACUGACACAUACGGAACUCUGUGAUGUAAAAAAAUGUAAGUGAGCGAGUAUCGAACGUGCGAUUGCAUAUUCAACUAAGCAAGUAAAGGCGACAGUAUGUCCACGAACUAUCAGAAGCGCGAUCGGUCCACUUCAGUGGAAUUACAAGCGACCGAAAUCACGCAACACUGCAGUGAACCACUCAAAGAAAUAAGAGUGGAGGACAUGAAGGAAAAAUCAAAAAACGCCGCUCGGACGCGACGAGAGAAGGAGAACGCGGAGUUUCUGGAACUGGCCAAGUUAUUACCGCUGCCGUCUGCGAUUACAACACAACUUGAUAAGGCAUCGAUUAUCCGUCUAUCUACCAGUUAUCUAAAGAUGAGGGCCCUGUUUCCUGAAGAUUCAAUAUUGAUGAAACAACAUAGCACACCUAUUCAGAUACAAUAGCCAUUUAGGCCUAUGUCUUUCAUGAUCGUUAUACAUUGUGUCUACAUUAUCAGUUAUUAGUUUGAUAAAGCAACAGCUGGUGUAUUUUUUACCCUGAUAAGUAUCUAAUACAAAUUUGUUGAUCAAAAGUGUAUAUGAUUCCGUCAUCCAGAUAUUAGGUUUAAUAAAUAGACAUAACUGUAGAAUACGUCGCUUCCAUUACUAAUCGUGAUGAUAUGUUUGGAUAAGAAUGGAAAUAUACUAAUAAAUAGGCUUAAAUAUAAAAGUUGUUGGUAUUAUUGUUGACGAAUACGGUAUGCUUCUAUUACGCCUAUUAUUGGUACGGUCCGGUACCACAUGACGUUUUUCAUAAAUU